AUGUUCCAGCAUCGAGCAGACGAGGAAGGUUUCCUCAGCGUCAGCAACAACCAAGACUAUCGCUUUCACCUUCCUGGAUAUGGCCGUCCGUUGGAUUAUUCUCCAACCGAACAGAACAUCUAUGGCGUGGAGAGCCGGAGCAUGUUCCCGUCAGCUGCAGAUGACCGAGACAUCGAAAAUGGAUAUACCGAAUUGCCUCUCCAGACUCUUCGCGAGAUAGCCAUGGUGGGUAUCAUGGAGCAGAUAACGGAUAUCCCAGAAUGGUGGAAGAAGGUCUCAGAUUCUAGUGUCACUGGGGAAUGGAAAAGGAUGGCCCUAAAUAGCGGUAAAGAUAUCACAGAAAAUAUGGCCAACUGGAUUGUGGACGAAUUGGCAUUUAAGGCAAUGAUCUACGAGAGAUUCCGUUGUGUUGGGCUGUACAACGGUGAUGCCACCAAGUCUGACACCAAUGUGCCCGAAUCUCUCAUUCAAGAGAUACAAUCUACAACUCAGGUCCUAGAGAUUGAACAUGAAGUGCUGCAAUUCUAUCACCCGCGAACUUUCAACAAGCAGCGAGACCUUCUCGCAAUGACUCUUUAUCCACUCAUAUAUGGCAAAAGCCGUAUUCUCCCGGACAGACUCAUCGGCCUGGACGAGGCAUUGCGAUUUGCCGGUCAGGGCGAGGUGAUACCUGUCCCUAGUGAUAGUGGAGUCACAAGAGAAGAUAUAGCUUGGCGAGUACGAGCUCGAGCAGACAUUUCAGUACGGCCAUAUAGCCGGAUGUUUCAAGUUCUCCCAACAGACUGGCAGCUUGGGGAUGACGGCAAAUGGCACAUUUCCACUUAUAUCAACAAUUUGCACCCCGUCAAGCAUCGCAAUGUAUACGGGGUUAUUGAGAAGGUUUUCAACUGCAUCAUUCCGCAAUUUAACAUGACCAUAACUCCGCUCAAAGACAUGCUUCAUUCUCGGGCCCGAAUCGAAUACCACAAGGCCGAGUACUACCCUGUAUCGAAAGAGACGGCGAGUCAAGCACCCCAGAUAAAAUUUCGAGAAGCGCAGAGUGAGUUUGAGGAACGGUAUGAACUAUGGAGGAUGGAAAACUACAUUGCCGUUCAGCCUGAUGCAGGGAAGUUCAUACCUUGGGCUGUACCACAGUGUCUGAUGUCGAAGCUUCCGGAAGAUUUACCCAGUCCUGUCCGCAUUGAGCAGGGAGUCAAUCUGAGUCGAGACUACAAGGAUAGAGGACUUCAGGUUGUUACGCGGCUCAUGGGCGUAGAUCUUACUCCUGAUGAGCCGUACUAUCAAACAGAGUGGCAUGUCGAGGGUCAAAUGAACGAACACGUCUGCGCCGCGGCCUUCGUCACCUAUGAGACCGAGAACAUGGAGGAAGCCAUCAUGGAAUUUCGCAAUAUAGUUGAAACGGCCACACUCGAAGAGGUGGACCACGAACCAAAUGACUUUAUCUGGCUCAAGCAGAUAUUUGGCCUGGAAAAUGGCGAGCCGGCUAUUCAGCGCUCCGGCUCAAUGAGAUGCGCUCUUGGGCGUGCUAUUAUCUUCCCGAGUACGGUGCAGCACCGAUUUACAAGAUUUGAACUGAAAGACAAGUCAAAGCCGGGGAAAUCGCGCGGUUUGGUGUUUUACUUGAUUGACCCGAAUAUCCGGAUUAUCUCGACGGCCAAUGUUCCGCCCCAGCGAUUAGAUUGGACGCUGAAAGUCGAUCCUGAAGAGGAAAAUCAUGCACAUUCUAUGGCAAAAUUAGCGCUAGAUAAUAAAGACAAGAAAGGGGACAUGCCGUUGAGCUUGGAUGAGGCCCUCAAGAUAAGGGUCAGCUGUCUGAAUGAACUGAUUGAGUUUGCGCGGUAUCAACAGGUUGCGUUUGAGUCAAAUGUGUUGAUGCUUUGA